AAGACAUGUCUGGUAUAACAAAGGUAGGUUAAGGAUACCCUAUCAACCCCAUUACUUAGGCUCUAUUAGAUAUUGGAAGAACAAAACAAUGGUGUACAACAUAUCGUUCAAGUACUUGAAACGGAUGAAAAAGAAGUUGAUCAACUUCAUAAGGCUUUGGGCCAUCAAUACCACACUUAUUAGUCAAUAAAGGCAUCUAGAGAAGUCCUUUCCUUGAAGAUUGUUCAGCAGUUCAAUAAGUCACAUGACCUAUCCUCUUUUUGAUGCUGUCCACAUGGAUUUUUAACUACUGAGUUUUUAUCUCAAAUUAAUUUUCUUUUUCUCUUUUGAUUAGGUCUGAUGGACACCAUCAGGUCUAUCCAGCCACCAGGCAAAUGGAAGAUUAUUGUGGUUGAUUCAAAAAGUAUUCAGAUCAUCAAUGCUGCUUGCAAGAUGUAUGAUAUUCUUGAAGAGAAUGUGACAUUGGUUGAGAACAUUGAAAAGAAGCGUCAACCUUAUCCUUCUUUAGAAGCCAUCUAUUUCUUAACACCUUGUCGUGAAUCUAUCUUGAGACUGGUAGAUGACUUUACUACAAAACCACCCACUUAUAAAGCAGCCCAUGUUCAUUUCAUGAGUGGUCUUAGUGAUGAGGUGUUUGCAGAUUUGAACAAGAGACUCAAGGCAACUGGUGCCUCACAAUAUGUCUUGAGCCUAAAAGAACUCUACGUUGACUUUAUGGUGAAUGAAUCCUCAGUAUUUACUGUUGAGCCUACCACUAGUUUCUUGUCUACCUUUGGAGACAUAGAUCCUGAAGCAUCCCUUCGAGUCACGGCCAAACAGCUACUCUCUGUAUGUGCUACACUAGGUGAGGACCCCAUCAUUCGUUAUCAGGCACCCAUGGAGGGCAUACAAGCUUCUCCUGCUGCUAAAUUAGCACACAUUGUUCAAAAAGAAAUUGAUUAUUUCUGCCGCAUUAACCCCAAUUUCCCUCCUCCUCGUCAUCCUCCUCAACCAAGAGCAACGUUAUUGAUUGUGGAUCGAUCCAUUGACCCUGUAGCACCCUUACUGCAUGAAUUUACGUACCAAGCCAUGAUCAAUGACUUACUUGAUGUGCAACCCACAGACACAGGUAUCAAAUACACGUAUGAAUUCAAUCAGGCAGAUGGCAGUAUGGGCACCAAAGAGGUUGUGUUGGACGAAGAAGAUAACGUGUAUCGAUCCAUUCGACAUAUGCAUAUUGCAGAGUGUUCUGACCAUCUGAUUGAGAAGUUUAAUGAAUUCUUGGCAGAGAACAAAGCAGCCACAGGCGACAGAGACCCCACAAAAGAUUCUGCCAAGAGUCUCAAGGAAAUGAAGGACAUGUUGACCAAUUUACCUCAAUUCCAAGACAUGAAGGCAAAAUAUUCGGCUCAUUUGAGCAUUGCACAAGAAUGCAUGUCGUUUUUUGAAAGACACAAGUUGAAUUCAGUAGGUAAUUUAGAGCAAAAUAUGGCUACAGGCGAAACAGCAGAUGGAGAGACACCCAAGACCAUUGUGCUUGAUAUGGUGCCCUUGUUGGACGAUCCUCAUGUGAGUCCGGUAGAUAAAGCACGCUUGUUGAUGUUGUAUAUUAUUUGGAAAGAAGGAGGUAUCUUUGAAGAUGAUAAGCGCAAACUACUAGAACAUGCUAAACUCAAGGGUGAACUACGUGAUGCGAUUCACAAUCUGCCUUUGAUUGGUGUCAAGUUAACACGUAUUCGUAAGCCUGAAAGAUCUUCUUUUCUAAAGAAGAGAAGACAGAGAAGAAGCAAGGAUGAAGAGACACCUUAUGAACUAUCUCGCUAUAUACCCAUUUUAAAGAAAGUGAUGGAGGCACAUGUCAACAAUACGUUAGAUCCUAAGCAGUUUGCAUUUACACGUCAAUCCGAUAUGGACUCUUCUGAAGAUUCACCUGGACAAGGCGGUAUUCCUACCAGUGGUGUCUCUCUUCGUACGACGAAACCUACAUGGGCCAAACGAACCAACAGUACCUCUGGCAUGCCUCGCACUACCACAGGUGCUAAAUUGAUUGUGUUUGUUAUUGGUGGCGCUACUUAUUCUGAAAUUCGAUCUGCUUAUGAAAUUGGACAAACAUACAAUAGAGACAUCAUUCUAGGCACCACAGAAAUCUUGCGUCCUACUACCUUUGUUGAACAUUUAGGUCAGCUCAAACAACCUUUACCUCUUUCUCCUUCUGUGAUUCCACCUUAUGUGGCACCUCCUCCUCCUCCUCCUCUUUCUCAGCCUAAACCCAGUCAUGAAUCAAUCCAUAAGGCCACCUCUCUCAUGUCACAGUUACAUGUCAGUACACCUUCUCCUCAUUUAAGCAACAAGAGCAGCAGUCUCUCUCUCUCGACUGUCUCUGACCAAUCAACCCAUACAGAAGAAAAAGAGAAAAAGAAAAAGAAAGGAUUAAAACGAUUUUUUAAUGAAUCAAUAAACUAA